ACCGCGCUGGCGGCCAGUCCAAAAUUAGCAUUUCUUGGCAUGCAUGUGAAAUCACGUAUGUGGCAAUAAUAUGGUGGGCAUCACACUGUUUAUAGCCGGCUUCUUCGCCUUUCCGUCGUCCCACAUUUUGUUCACUUUUCUACAAAGGUACAUUUUUCCAGGACUGAGCUAUGUCGACAGAUUUUCUAUUAGCACACGGUUUGUGUCGGCACUUCAGGCGCUUGGUGCCUCUCUCGUUGGCUUAAAAGUUGUUUUCACCUCCACUGACAUCAUGUUACACAGGCAACCAAUUUUAACUCUGUAUGCCUGCUUUGGAUUGAGUUAUUUUUAUUAUGAUGUGGUGGUGAUGUUUAUUGGAACUUAUCUUGAAGAAAAGCAGGAAGACCCGCAGAGAGACAUAUACCACAUUUGGACAAAGUUUUGUAAAAAGAAGAAACUCAUUGUCCUCCACCACCUUCUUCUCCCACUCAUUGGGUUUCCUGCUGUUACUGUAUGGAGGAAGGAAAAAGGGGACUUCUUCGUAGCAUGUGUAUAUCUAAAUGAGAUGAGCACUCCAUUCUUGUCCCUCAAGGCAGUCUUAGAAAAGUUUGAAAUGAGGAAAUCAAUCUUGUAUGUAACUAAUGGUGUUCUUUUAGCAACUAUGUUUCUGUUUUGUAGAGUACUUGUUUAUCCCUAUAUGUAUUGGUGUUAUGCUCAGUAUGCCAACAUACCCUUUCUACAAACUCCUUUGAAAGUACCUCUUUUCUGCAAUUCAUUUUGCUUUUUGUUGUUCAGUGUACAGUUGUACUGGUUUCUCAUAAUUGUGCGUGGAGUGUUACGGUUCUUUAAACCUUCACCAAAAUUGCAACAGAAACCAGUUUCAAACGUAAAUGGUGAAAAUGGUUUUCUACAUAAAAGUGACUGAUGGUACAAUAAAGUAAGUGAAUAUUUUUCAGAGGAGUUAAACUCAAGCUAAAAAAACUCAGUGAUGUACAUUGUUUUAAUGAAAGUUAUUGCCCCUAGCACAACACUAGUGGGCUUGAAGUGAUAAGAAAUUAUUAUUUACAGGCCUAGGCAGAUAGUUAAAGAAGAAGUAUACUCCACAAACCAUUUCAUAAGUACCAGUAGAUGUCAAUGGAUACGAUACAAAUUUCAUGGUUUUUAAAGCAUAUAUGAAAAUUUGGACAACAAGAUCUGAAAAGCAUUGAAAUCGGAAAGCUCAAAUUCUCUAAUGUUUUCCUCUUUAAAAAAAUACAUUUCCAAAGAUCAAAUUUGAGAAUGCAACAUAAUCUAAGAUGUGCAAGAGAAUUGGUUUCUUGAAUGUUGAAUGUUGAAGAGGGUAUAUUUAUUGAAGUAAAUUUCAUUUGGUGGGUGGGUGAAAAGCAAUGAGCCUGGCAGGUAAGCAGCUGUUUGGUCAAAGUCUGAAUUUUGUUAGGCUUCUUUUCUGCAAUUGUUUAAAUAGCAACUGACCUGCAAGGAUCUUUGCUUUACUUGAGGGUAUUUAAUUAAUAUUGGUGAUUUAUUAUGCUUAUCAAUCAAAAAGUGAUCAUCAGAAUGUAAAUUGUGUAUAGUUUAUACCAGGAAUAUGGAUAUAAAAUCACAGAGAAAACAAAACAGAACUGCAACUAUAAGAUGAAACUACUAUCUAUGAGAAAAAAAAAUAGUGAUUAUACAAUUCCUCACUAGUGGAGCUAGCUUAGAAAAAAAUGUAGCUGAAAAGAUUCAUUGCUUCAAAGCUAUUUAAUUCCUAAAUUAAAGUAUUUAUAAGUACUUGUUUCAAAUUAGAUUGAAUGGCCUUUAAACCUUAGAAACAAAUUUAUGCAUAUUUAUAAGCCUUAACUUAUAAAUUGUUCUGAAGAGUAACACAAUUUGCUAAGUUGAUAAAGCAUGUAAUUAUUUAAUAUAUUAUUUUGUCACACUGCAUCUUGUUGACUUUUAGAAGGGAGUAUGGUUUUCAAGGUGCCAUGUUUUUGAAAUUUUUCGAUUUUUAAUAUUUGUUUAUUUAGUCAUUCAAUAGGACUACUGUCUGUGAAAUUGGGAAGAUUUUUUUUAUCUCACAGAUGCAUGCCAUUUAUCUGUUGGGUAUCAAUUUCAAAUAAAGCAGACAUAUUAUAAUUUAAA